AUGUCGAGCAACAACAGCAACAAUGCCUCCGCCCUCACCACCUCCUCAACUCUCCGUCCCCGGGCGAAAAGACUCAUAUCAGGACUCAGCGAAGGUGACGAGAGCGCCCCCGACUCCUUCGACUCCCCACCUCGAAGGAUAGCCUCCCCAUCACCGUCCCCCUUCGAAAGCAGGUCCGCCUCUCCCAUCCCAGCACCAUACCCACAGCGAACGAGCUCCAGCCGGAUACGAGACGAUGGUGGAGAGCGGUAUGCUGGCUACAGUAGCUGGGGCCGGCGAGCCCAAGUCAAUGCUGGAAGCGGAGGGCAGAGGAGAGCAGAGAGCCCAAACUCCUUCGCUGGGAUAUGGGGCAGUAGCUGGACUACACUGCAAGGGCUGGCCUCUGACUUCCUCGGGAAUGAGUUGACAGGUACGGGCAAUAGCAGUUUAAAGGCGAAGAAGAAGCCGGUGGGCAGCAAGCUACGAACUGCGUCUGAUAGCAGUGGUAACACUGCCUGGGGUCCGACUUCUGCCUCAAACCCCCAAGCGGCCAUCGGAUCCGGCACUCGGGAGUCAAGAGAGGCCGCUCUUCGGGCACAGAAGCGGAAGGACAUGCUCACGCGGCAGGAGAGCUCUUAUGCUGCGGAUGCUCUGGGCAAGUUCAAGCGGAGGCUGUCGGAUGAGCAGGAGUCGAGGUCUGCUCCGCCCGCUGAGAACGAUGAUCGAGCUGCGUUGGUUUAUGUGCAUCACGUCAAGAAGGAUGACACGUUGGCUGGCAUCACGAUCAAGUAUAACUGUUCUGCGAAUGUGAUCAGAAAGGCCAACCGGAUGUGGCCGAACGAUACUGUACAGAGUCGGCAGACGAUUGUACUUCCUGUAGAUGCUUGUGGGGUCAAGGGCAAACCGGUGGCAGCACCUGACGCACCAUCCACAGACGACCUCCUAGGUACCGACGAGACCGACGAUAUGGCUGCAGAAGAAAUCUCGACUCCCAGACCCACGGUCAACGGCGACAUCACUGCUGACAUGGCCACCCGCGACCGCACAUCCUCCCUCUCAACAGCCAGCCCCCGAACCUCCGUCUCCAUAACCUCCAGCAGCUUCCAACAAGGCGCCGCACCCACUACUAACGCCUCCACAGCCGAAGCACCCUACACCCACGACUCCUGGGUCCUCCUGUCCAACUCUCCCCACCCCACCGAAAUCGCCCGUCUCUCCCGUCGCGCCCUGGGCUACUUCCCUCCCGCCCGCCGGAAAAGCAUCUCCCUCUCCGACCUCGACACGCCCUCUACUUCCCUCGACCUCGCCCGCACAUCCACCAGCACCAACAACCCUGUCCCAUCCCCCUCUAACGCUCCGGCUCCCGCACGCCCAGGCCACCGAAGACGUCUCAGCAACGCAACGAACGGCUAUUUCCCCUCCUACCUCGCCGGUCCCGGCGGCGUGGGUAGCAUGUCCGCCAACGUCCACAGUCCGGGACCAGCGCAAGACGGGUUGAAUAAGUUCUUUGCGAAGCAUUUACCGGACGUUUCCAAGCCGAAGAACCAGCGCGAGCUGUAUCAACCAGACGUACCGAUGUACCGAGACGACGAUGGACCCGGGGGCAGCGGGACCGCUACACCCAGUCUCUUGCCCAAAGACAUUGGCGGCGGAGCUGGUCUGAAUCUCGAAAAUGUCGGGGGUGCGAUCGAAGGCUGGGUUAGGCGUAUGGCUGUCAAAGCUCGAACGCCUUCUGAACCUGGCGCCGGCAACGGCGGUCCUGGGACCGGGGGCAGUAGAGGCAGGGGUUCGAGGAGUCAGGGUCUCGGACCUCGCACGAGCGUUGGAGCGCCGGGGAAGGGCAGGAAUGGUGUUGGGGAUUUGAUUGAGAUGACUGAUGAGUUUGAGCUUGGUGGGGACGAUGAGAGUGAGGAGGAGGGAAGGGGGAGGUCGGAGGUUGGGUCCAAUGCUAGUGGGAGUGGGACGCAGUAUUUUGGGGGUGCGGUUGCGACAGCGAGGGGAGUCAGUGGAAGUGUGGGGAGGAAGAGUGGGAAGGGUGAUUAG